ACUGCAGUCAGAUUCUCUUCUCCGUUGCUUCAACCCUCAUCGCGCCCUCUCUUCUCUCUCUCUUCUCUGCCAACAUUUCCCUCUCUUGGGUCCAAACUUUGAACGCACGCCCUGCUUGUAUUGCUAACUCAGUCUGAUCACUGCAGAAAACUAAGACUACUUUUUAUGCCAAUGGCACAGUCUGCCGCCCUGCAUAUCUGGUAGGGGCGGCGGUAGCACCAACCAUUUGGAAACCCUAGUCUUUGUAAAACAAUGGUGUUCAAGGGUAGAUUCUUCUCUUCCAAGAAGUCCGAUUCUUCAAGUCCUGACGGAUCGAAUAGUCCUCGAUCGUUCGGCUCCAACUCUCCAAGCAGAUCCGAGAAGAAGAAGGUCAAAUCGCCCAAAGACGGCAACCAGAUCGGUACCUCCGGGUUCGCCACGCCGUGCGGUAAAACUCAGGUGAAGGAGAGUGGGAAGCAGCAGAAGAAGGAUGUGAAGGGGAAGGAGACUCAGGCUCCGGCACCGGCGAAGCCCAACACUUCGAGUUCCAAGUUGCGGGCGGCACCGGAUGUGAAGGAGGCGGCGGUGUCGCCGAUUCUGGCGUCGUCGCUGGGGCUGCAUCGGAUUAAGACUACGAGAUCGGGGCCAUUGCCACAGGAGAGUUUUUUCGGGUUUCGGGGGGAUAAGGGUUCGGCUCUUGGUGCUAGUAAUCUUUCGAGGCCCAGUGGUGGCGUUGGUGGUGAUGGCUGCUUGAGUUCAGGUUCGGGGUCGAAGAGCAGUGUGAAAAAGAAGGAAGGGGUUAAUCAGAGUAGGAUAGGUUCUCAGGAGCAGGUUUUGUUAGGGAAUUGGGCUGAUACUGGAAGUAAUUCGGAUGGCAUGUCGAGUGAGAGUGCUCCAUCUAGAGACCAGAGUCCUCAUGUGCAAGUGCGGUCGCGGCUGCCAAACGGUGAAUCCUCCUCUGAAGUGGGGCGAUACAAUAAACAAUGGGGCCAUUCAGGAGGCUUGAGAAGUUCAGAUGUUUGUACUCCAGAGGUACAGACUUCAUAUGAUUGUGAAACCCCGAAGGAGUCUGAAUCUCCUCGUUUUCAAGCUAUACUCCGGGUGACAAGUGGAACUAGAAAGAGGCUUCCUGCUGACAUCAAAAGUUUCUCUCAUGAAUUAAAUUCUAAAGGUGUACGACCUUUCCCAUUUUGGAAGCCGCGAGGCUUAAAUAACUUAGAGGAGGUUUUGGCUGUCAUACGAGUAAAGUUUGACAAAGCAAAGGAAGAAGUGAACUCUGAUCUGGCAAUUUUUGCAGCAGAUUUGGUGGGAAUUCUUGAAAAAAAUGCAGAAAGUCAUCCUGAAUGGCAAGAAACUAUUGAAGACUUGCUGAUUUUGGCUCGGCGCUGUGCUGUGACAUCUUCGGGACAGUUUUGGCUUCAGUGUGAAGGUAUAGUUCAAGAACUUGAUGAUAGGCGUCAGGAACUCCCCAUGGGUAUGCUGAAGAAGCUUCACACCCGAAUGCUUUUCAUUCUCACGAGGUGUACCAGAUUGUUGCAGUUCCACAAGGAAAGUGGUUUGGCUGAGGAUGAACAUGUUCUUCAGCUUCGUCAAUCUAGAAUCCUACAUUCUGCCGAUAAACGAGUUCCAUCAGGUGUGGGAAGGGAUGGGAAAAGUUCUAGUGCUGCAAAAGCCUCGAGGGCAGCUACGAGGAAAUCUUAUAGCCAGGAGCAGCAUGGCUUGGACUGGAAGAGCGAUCAUGCUAUACAACCUGGAAACUUUCUCUCUCCUACUUCUGAAGCAACAAAGACUUUGGACUCUCCUGUGGGUAGGGAUCGUAUGGCUUCUUGGAAGAAACUACCAUCUCCAGCAGGAAAAACUGCAAAAGAAUCUGUUCCAAUGAAGGAACAGACUGAUAUUAAGGUGGAGUCUUCAAAGAUGUUAAACAACCAGGCUGGAAUUCCUGAUGUUGAUUUGACUACUGCUAAGCCUCCUGACAUUCCUCCGGCUAAAGAUUUUCAUGGACAUUCUUCUAUUUCGUCCAAGCACCAGCACAAAGCUUCUUGGGGUUAUUGGGGAGAUCAGCCGAAUAUUUCUGAGGAUAGUUCAAUAAUUUGUCGCAUUUGUGAGGAGGAGGUUCCAACUUCCCAUGUGGAAGACCAUUCAAGAAUUUGUGCAGUUGCUGACCGAUGCGAUCAGAAGGGUAUAAGUGUCAAUGAGCGGCUCAUUAGAAUUGCUGAAACUCUUGAGAAGAUGAUGGAAUCCCUUUCACAGAAGGAUUUUCAACAUGUGGGAAGCCCAGAUGUUGUUGCAAAAGUAUCAAACUCGAGCGUUACUGAAGAAUCUGAUGUGCUCUCACCAAAACUUAGUGAUUGCUCUCGCAGAGGCUCAGAAGACAUGCUUGAUUGUUUCCCUGAAGCUGAUAACUAUGUUUUUGUGGAUGACUUAAAGGGCUUUCCAUCCAUGUCAUGUAAGACUCGUUUUGGACCAAAGUCUGAUCAAGGAAUGACAACUUCAUCUGCUGGUAGCAUGACUCCUAGGUCUCCAUUAUUGACACCGAGGACCAGCCAGAUAGACCUGCUAUUGGCUGGAAAGGGUGCCUACUCUGAACAUGAUGAUCUUCCACAGAUGAAUGAGCUUGCUGAUAUUUCAAGAUGUGCGGCAAAUGCAUCUUUGCAUGAUGAUCACUCUAUGUCAAUUUUGCUUGGAUGCCUUGAAGACCUGAGGGUUGUUAUUGACCGUAGGAAGUUGGAUGCACUUACAGUGGAGACAUUUGGGACACGCAUUGAAAAGCUGAUUCGGGAGAAGUAUUUGCAGCUUUGUGAGCUUGUGGAUGAUGAGAAGGUUGAUAUCACAAGUACUGUAAUUGAUGAAGAUGCACCUUUAGAAGAUGAUGUGGUUCGUAGCUUGAGAACUAGCCCAAUACAUUCUACUUCUAAAGACCGCACUUCAAUAGAUGAUUUUGAGAUAAUAAAACCAAUAAGUCGUGGGGCAUUUGGCCGGGUUUUCUUGGCAAAAAAGAGAACAACAGGGGAUCUUUUUGCAAUUAAGGUUCUUAAAAAGGCAGAUAUGAUCCGUAAGAAUGCUGUUGAGAGUAUUUUGGCAGAACGUGAUAUUUUAAUCUCAGUUCGCAAUCCUUUUGUGGUUCGCUUUUUUUAUUCAUUUACAUGUCGUGAGAACUUGUAUCUUGUGAUGGAAUACUUGAAUGGAGGAGAUCUGUAUUCAUUAUUGAGGAGUUUAGGCUGCUUAGAUGAAGAUGUUGCUCGUGUAUAUAUAGCAGAAGUGGUGCUUGCUUUGGAAUAUUUACAUUCUCUGCGUGUGGUUCAUCGUGAUCUGAAGCCUGAUAAUUUGUUGAUUGCACAUGAUGGUCAUAUAAAGUUGACAGACUUUGGAUUAUCAAAGGUUGGUCUCAUCAACAGCACUGAUGAUUUGUCUGGUCCAGCAGUUAGUGGGACGUCCCUACUUGAACAAGAUGAACCUCAGUUGUCUACAUCUGAGCAACAUCGAGAAAGGCGGAAGAAACGCUCUGCUGUGGGAACGCCUGAUUAUCUGGCACCAGAGAUACUUUUGGGAACAGGACAUGGCACAACUGCUGAUUGGUGGUCUGUUGGAGUUAUCCUGUUUGAACUGAUUGUUGGUAUUCCACCAUUCAAUGCAGAGCAUCCUCAGAUGAUAUUUGACAAUAUUCUCAACCGUAACAUACCAUGGCCCCGGGUACCAGAAGAAAUGAGCCCUGAAGCACAAGAUCUAAUCCAUCGAUUAUUGACAGAAGAUCCUUAUCAGAGACUUGGAGCUGGAGGAGCAUCAGAGGUGAAGCAGCAUGCAUUUUUCAGAGAUAUCAAUUGGGACACACUUGCUAGACAGAAGGCUGCAUUUGUUCCCUCCUCAGAGAGUGCACUUGAUACUAGUUACUUCACAAGUCGGUACUCAUGGAACCCCUCAGAUAACCAGGUUCUGGCCAGUGAAGAGGAUUCCAGUGAUGACGGCAGUAUGAGUGGUAGCAGUAGCUGCCUGAGUAAUCGCCAAGAUGAACUGGGAGAUGAAUGUGGAGGUCUUGCUGAGUUUGACUCGGGCUCAUCUGUUAAUUACUCCUUCAGUAAUUUCUCAUUCAAGAAUCUCUCACAGCUUGCUUCAAUCAACUAUGAUUUGCUUACUAAAGGUUGGAAGGAGGAUCCCCCAACAAAUCAUAACGCGUAACUUAUCUUCUGUGCCAAAUUGGGAUUCAAAUUUUUUUACAAUGGAUCGAUCUUUUGGGCAUCCUUGGGGGCUCAAAUCACCUCAGUGUUGUUUGUACACUCUGUAAAUAGAUAGAAGAAAAAACUUUUGAGAAUGAAAUUGUCUCGGAAUGUGCUCUCAUUCCUCAAAUAGAAAAGCCCCACACUCUGGCAUUCCAAUUUUAGGGUUGAGUUUGUUUUGUAACAGUUGAGGUUGCUGUUGUAAUUUGGACCUUAGUUUACAUGCCUCAGUGUUUGUACUCUUGAUUUCUCCUGCAUGGUAAUGAGAACACAUUCCCUUUUGUCCAAUUUCA